GAAUCAUAAUAUUGACGCAAGUUGACGUCGGUUACGUAAAAAUUCUCCCGUCGUGCUCUUCGCGGGCUCUUCACAAAAAGCCCGAUGAGAAGGCCGAGGAGGAGGAGGCUACCAACCGAGGGGUGGUAGCCGAUUCCCGGAGAGGAUUUUCUACCCUCGUCGUCCGCACAACCGAAUACGUGACGGCGGCGACCGAAAACGAAACUUAAAGCAUCAUAAAACAUGAUGCCCACUCCCAUAGAAGAUCUUCCGUCCAGCCUGUGAGUGUCGGCAGGUUUCCCAACCGCCGCCUCGCCUCUUCGGGGGGGAUCCUGCUGUCUUGAGUCCGUCCUGACCGACCCGCGACACCGCCAGGCGAUGACAGCGGCUACAGCCACUCCGCAGGUGAUGAGAGACCGGCUGCUACAGGCCAUCGACGGCCAGAGCAAUCAGAUAUGCAACAUGGUGGUAGUUGUGGAGGUGAUCUCUUUUUUGGAGAAAUAUCCCAUCACCAAAGAGGCACUGGAGGAAACCCGUCUUGGCAAACUCAUCAAUGAUGUCCGGAAGAAAACCAAGAAUGAGGACCUUGCAAAAAGAGCCAAGAAGCUUCUGCGAAACUGGCAGAAGCUAAUUGAGCCAGGGAAGGGUGAAGCAUUGUCCAAAGGAAACACUGGUGCAUCAUGGUCUUCCAACGGUGGUGCUCUUCCCUGCAUCUCCGCUCCAGCUGCCACCACACCAUCAGGUAAAACAGGUCCAGAGUUGAAGAACAGAAAUGACUUCAACAACUGCUUCUCCCCAAGGGUGGAGAAACCGGGCAACAGGAAACGUAAGGGUGACCAGAGGGAAGGACAGCUCUUACCAGCCAAGAUAUCCAAAACGACUCUUAAUGAUAAAAUAAAAAACUCCAAACAGCUGCCAACCAAUGGAAUUGGCAGUAGCUCUGAAAGUUUUACAGAUUCUCGCGCACAUCAGCCUUUAGACAGGGAGAUUUCUGAGCCGCUGGACAAUGACAGGCUAAAUAAAAUCCUUGUCAAUGCUGUAAAACCUCAUCCAAGUGCCCCGGGAUACAGCAAGCCUCUCAGCACUUCCUCUUUGCUAAAAGCAUCAGUUCUGCAGCAGCAAGCCAGACAGGAGCAAGCUGCCUCUGGGGGGCAGUAUCGACCCAGAAGCCCUCGCUUUUCCUUGCACAGUCCUCAAACUCCAAAGCAGGAAGCUGUUGUCAAACAAACUUCACCACAAGCACAGAGCGGGGCUAGUCUUUCUAGUCCCGCUGUGAGACCUGGGUCUGUGGACGCCCCUGGGCUAGGGCCUUCUUCUCAGUCUUUAAAUGUUUGUGUUCAGGGUUUGCAUGCUGACGGUUCAUGGCCUGCAGAUUUGGACUCUCAAAGCAGGCCGCCCAAUACGUCUUUUCACAACUCGGGCACCUCCUCCUGCAGUGAUGGGGGCAGUUUGGAAGAUGAUGGUGCUUUUAGCAAUACAGGGAAAAGGAAGAGACAAAAAUACAGGCCUAAAGACUAUGUGGUAAAUUUAGACGGACAGACUGUAGAAGACAGCACUAAACCAGUCAGGUUAAAAGAUAGGAGACUGACGUUUGACCCUGUAACAGGGCAAAUCAAACCCUCCUUCCUCAAGGAGUCUUCCCAGGAAGGGGAGGUCAGACUGGGGCACAGACCUGAACCUCCACCUCAGUGGACAGAACAGCCGAAGCAGAAUCCACCAGUUCCUCCCAGUCCCUUCCAGCAGACAGACUGGAAAGAGCUGUCGAGGAGCGAAAUCAUCCAGUCAUACCUUAGCCAGCAAAGCAAUGUGUUGACGUCGUCAGGCGCCCACACUCCAGGUGCACAUUUUUUCAUGACCGAGUUCUUGAAAAAAGAGGAACACCGAGGUAAAGACACCAAGAAAACGCACGUGUUGGCACCAGAACUACCAGCCAAGAAUUUACCAGGGGUUACCAGAGAGGUCAACAGUGAAGAUCUCAGCAGAUUACAUGCACAACACUGGUCCGGGGUUAAUGGCUGCUAUGACACAAAGGGUAACUGGUAUGACUGGACGGAGUGCAUCUCCCUGGACCCGCAUGGUGAUGAGAGCAGGUUGAACAUACUGCCAUACGUCUGUUUGGACUGAAGCCAAGGUCAGGUGUCUGAAUUGGAAGAUGUAAGCUGCCUGCAUUGUAUCGGUGGAGCAGCUCUGCCUGCUGUGUGAAGGCACUUCUGUAAGUGUAAGCCGCUGUUUUGCACCAUUGGCGAAAUUGGAAUAAAUAUGCUGCCUGCUCGGGUGUGUGUUGGAGAACAGCGGGUGUAAUCAGUGUUUUUAUGAAUUUGUGAACAUUGUGUGGGGUCAGCAUGAAGGGAAAAGGCUAUGCAUUACCUGCCCAUUUAGUUGUUGGUGUUAAGUAACUGUACAGAUUGAGUUUCCAGAAGCUGCCAUUCUUUGUAUGGGAGAGGAAUAUCACAUUAAACUGCACAGCUACAUUUUACUCAUUUUGUGUUAUCCACAUGCCUUGGAGAAUGUGACAGGAAUUUACUGCCAUCUGAUCACAUUCAGUCCAGUGUGGUAUUUUUUAAUAUGAAGUUUAAUUAAAUUUUAUCUUUAAAAAAAAUCUAUGACCUAGUCAGAUACACAAUCAGAGCAAGCGGUUAACAAAUACAUCUACCCGUUACGUUUUUGUUGGAAUUUGCUUGUGCAUCUUGAAAAAGGCUUUUUAGCUGUUUAAGCUGAAAUGAAUGCUACCUUCACUAUCAUAGGUAUUAACAACUGUUGUUGCUGUGAAAUAUACUUCUCAUUGCACCUUUUAGAACUGCUGUUCCCACACUGCACGACUGUCUUAUGCAGCGACUUUUAGCAGAGAGAAUAACUGAGAAAAUCGGUUUUAAAACAUUUGAUUUUUUUUGUUGUGUUUUGAAUGCUGUUUAAAUAAACAUGACAUGAAACAGCCAGAUGUGACUGUGCAGGAAAGAAAGGCUUGUAAUGGGCUAGAACAAUACAAGCUGAUAAAGAAAUGUGACUGUCAUAUAUGAUAUUUAUUUACAUUUACAUAUCCAUUAUUAGGUUUCUAUACAUGUUCAGACUACACUAAAUAUUUUUUUCUUCAUUCACAACACCAACCUACUUUACACAGGAAAACUCUCCAAAAUGACGCAUUUUGAUAAGAUGAAUAAUUUUAUUUCAUACUUGCCUUUUCCCUUUACUGUGUAUUUAGGUUGUAAAAUAUGAACUGAAACGGCAGAGCAGAUUACGCUACUAGCUUGCAUCUUUGUACUGUCAGGAAGAACUGAAAUAUAAAUUGACAUGCUGGACAAAGUACUUACUAUCAUUCCUUUAGAUAUUGUUUGCCUUAUGGAAACCUGUGUUUUCCCUAAAGACAGAGCCUUAGUGAAUGUACAGAAAUUAGCCUUUUGUGUUCAGUUGAAUACAGAAGAGAACAUAUUUGCUACUUAGUCCUUUAAGUGGACAUGUUGAUAUGUGUUAAUAAAAAAAUUAAGGAACUGUGA